ACGGAGCGGCGCGCGGCCAGCACGGGCUUCAUCCACCUCUGCGUCUGUUUGCGCCACAUUCUUCUACAGAAAACCAGCGCGGAGGAUUCUGGGACUUCACCGAACCCACGCGUGUUUCUCAGAACGCACAUAUCUUAUCUAUCUGUGGUUUGCGCCGGUUCCGAACCUCAGAGAACCAGAGGAACGCGCACUGUGGACGGUUCGGGACUGCGCCCACGCCGUGUCCGGGACCGUGUGACGGAACCGGGGAUGCGGUCCGCGUCCGGAGCAGCCCGUCUGAUCUGAACCCGCUCAGCUGUCCGGUUCCGAACCCAUACUGACCGGUGGGCCGACGGGCAGUCCGUGGUCCAGUGGGUACACUAAGGGGGCUUUUCCGAGUCUGCGUCCGAAGACCCGCGGCUGUUUAUGGAUGAGCCGGACCGGCACCAUGACCGAGCCGAGGAAACUCUGAUCCGCCUUUAAACUCUGACCCGCGCGCACACGACCACCGACAAGAACCGCCGAACUGAGCCCCGGGUUCCACCCCCCGAACACGGAUCUGUCUCUGCAGCUUUGACUCGGUUCGGUUCGGUACCUGUUUGGGGAUAGCAUGGCAAUGGUAGUAAACCAGUGGCCGGAGACCAUUUCUGCAGAUCCGGGCUCUCAGCUCCAGAUCUGCGGCCAGGAGCCCGGCGGGGGACCGGGGACGCCCAACGGUUCCACCCCGGGAAACGACGCGCUUUCCGGGGACAAGAUCCCAAACGUGGACUGCAUGGUGUGCGGGGAUAAGUCCAGCGGCAAGCACUACGGCCAGUUCACCUGCGAGGGCUGCAAGAGCUUCUUCAAACGCUCCGUGAGGCGGAACCUGACCUACACCUGCCGGGGGAACCGGGACUGUCCCAUCGACCAGCACCACCGGAACCAGUGUCAGUACUGCCGCCUGAAGAAAUGCCUCAAAGUCGGCAUGAGGAGGGAAGCCGUUCAACGUGGACGUACGUCCAACUCCCAGAGCAGUCCAGGACAGUACCUGACCAACGGCACCGACCCGUACAACGGACAGCCCUACCUGUCCGGCUUCAUCUCCCUGCUGCUUCGGGCCGAACCCUACCCCACCUCCCGCUACGGGGCCCAGUGCAUGCAGGGAAACAACCUGAUGGGCAUCGAGAACAUCUGCGAGCUGGCGGCGCGCCUGCUGUUCAGCGCCGUCGAGUGGGCCAAGAACAUCCCCUUCUUCCCUGAUCUGCAGCUGAUGGACCAGGUGGCGCUGCUGCGUAUGUCGUGGAGUGAGCUGUUCGUCCUCAACGCCGCCCAGUGCUCCAUGCCUCUCCACGUGGCGCCGCUGCUGGCGGCUGCCGGCCUCCACGCCUCUCCCAUGUCGGCCGAGCGCGUGGUGGCCUUCAUGGACCACAUCCGAGUCUUCCAGGAGCAGGUGGAGAAGCUGAAGGCGCUGCAGGUGGACACGGCCGAGUACUCCUGCCUUAAGUCCAUCGUACUUUUCACAUCAGAUGCGAUGGGCUUGUCAGACGUGGCCCAUGUGGAAAGCAUCCAGGAGAAGUCCCAGUGUGCCCUGGAGGAGUACGUACGGAACCAGUACCCCAGCCAACCCAACCGCUUCGGACGCCUCCUCCUACGCCUCCCCUCGCUUCGCAUCGUCUCCUCUCCGGUCAUCGAGCAGUUGUUUUUUGUGCGGCUGGUCGGAAAAACACCCAUCGAGACGCUACUACGUGACAUGCUACUGUCGGGCUCCAGCUACAACUGGCCCUACAUGCCCACGGUGCAGCGAGACCGACCGCUGUCCCUGCACUACAACGAGAACGGGCCCUGAAGAGCAGCAGAGGCUCCGGCUGAACCGUCAUCUGACAAUCCAUCCAUCCAUCUAUCCAUACAUACAUACAAACAUCCAUCCAUCCAUCCAUCCAUCCAUUAAUUCCAUCC